AUGGAGUGUCUGACAGGUUUUUCUGAGGAGAGAAGUGUUACAUACAUCAUGGAGCUGGCAGAUGCCCUCAAUUACUGCCACACCAAGAAGGUGAUCCACAGGGACAUCAAACCAGAGAACCUUUUACUGGGGGCCAACAGGGAGCUGAAGAUUGCAGACUUUGGCUGGUCUGUUCACAUGCCCUCCUCCAGGAGGUCCACUCUGUGUGGAACGCUGGACUACUUGCCACCAGAGAUGAUUGAGGGAAAAACUCAUGAUGAGAAGGUGGAUCUGUGGAGUCUGGGUGUCCUUUGCUAUGAAUUCCUGGUUGGACAUCCCCCAUUUGAAGCAAAAACUAACGAGGACACCUACCGCAGAAUAUCAAGGGUGGAGUACACUUACCCUCCGCAGACCAAUUUCACUGCUGGAGCCAAAGACUUGGUUGCCAGGCUGCUGAAGCACAACCCCAUGCAUAGUUUGCCCAUUGAGGGAGUCCUAUGUCACCCUUGGGUGGUUGAGUACUCCAUCAAAAAGCCCAAGGCCUGGAACAGUGAAGAGCGUAGCCAAUGA